CAAUUGUAGUAUCUAUUAUUAAACUGAAAAUAUUGACAAACAACAGAUUGCAUUUAAAGAACGUUUAAACUACGCACAACGUGUGUCAUACUAAUGUCUGAUUGUAUAUACAUGUAUAUACAAGAAUGGAGAACUAGCGUCAUUCGCGUGGGUGCGACUGUGCGUGGUUAAUAUUUCAUGGACGUUUAAAUGAGUUGCAGAUGAUCCAGCUCAAUCGUCAUAAUAUGUGUACGCGUAAAUGGCAUCGCUUCGAGGCAUAUUCUUCCGUUUUUGGCAAACCAUGAUGAUCCGAAGGUGUGAAUACGCGUCACAUGCAUGUUAAACAUCGAUGGUGCACAUACGUCGCAAUUUUAAGUGUCGAGCAUUCGCAUCGAUGUUGGUCUCGAGAAUCGAUUCUUUUAAGUAAAGUUGUGUCACUCAUCUUGAAAUGUUUAAAGUGUUGAUUACGAAAAUUUAUUAUGAUUUUAUUCGAGUGUGGAUCUAGUAUAUAAAUAUAUAAAGAUAAAGUUUUAAUCAAUUCGUUAAAUAAACUCGCAUCGUAAAAGAAAAAAUAUCAUUUGAAUUUAGUAUAUGAAGUGUGAAAUAAAGAUUUUAAUUUGACGUACAUAUGAAGCAUUGAUUUCUAUUCGAAUAAAAGUUUAUUAUUUGAAUUAAAGGUUCAUCAUAUAAUUGCUGAGAAACAACGAUGAUUCAUCAUAAUAAUUUGAAUACAAGUUCGCGGUCGUCUCGAAUCGGUUGAUCGAGUGCCAGCAUCGAGACAUCAGUGUCGCAGCUCACUUCCGGUCCUCUGUGCCGGUAAAACGAAAUUCUAACCGAACGAACGAUUAUUUCAAAAUUUUUCAACGAAUUCUUUAAUACUUUGAAGGUGUUUUUCAAAUUUGAAGUAAUUUUAACAAUUCUUCGUUACUUUACGAUGUAUACAGUGUAAUUGGUGCAGAAUCGUUGAUCGUCUUCAACCAUUGUAAUCGAAUAAUUAGCCUUCAAGAUGGUACGCGUUGCACGUUUGUCUCAUGCAAAAGAAGAAGCAACAAAGAUGAGGGAUGCGGUUCCACACAAAGGAAAUAAUAAUAAUAACAAUAGUAGCAGUAACAACAAUAACAACAACAAUAAUAACGUAACCACGUUAAAAAGCAAGCCUUCCUUGGAAAUUUAUCGACCUCCAGGAGGAAGAACGGAAGGAACUACGGCAAGUAUUACUAAUCCACGGCUAAACGUACAUGCUAAGGAGUUCACUAUGAAACAGAACGAUUCGCAUCCUUCUAAAUCUCGGACAAAUGCUUCAGAGCGAUCUCCAUAUUAUUUGCAACACAGCAAAUCAAGUGGAAACGUACAUCGAUAUCUUUAUGCUCAACAGCAACAACAAAUACAACAUACUCUUCAGCAACAUCACCAGACAUCACGUCACUCUCAGAGUAGUCAUCAUUCAACGGGCUCUGCUUUACGACAGUCACAUCCACUCGAUACCUCGGCAUCAAGUGGAAAUAUAUUACAUGGUUCAGGUAGAGUCCACUUCAAUGUAGAUCAAAAUGAUGUCAAACUGAACACAGCUAAACCUGGCAGACUUAUAAAAUCAUUAUCCUUUGUCUCUACUUAUGGAUUGAAACGAUCCAAAAGUUUGAAUGCAGCUGAUGUAUUGGCUGCAAAGGCGGUAAAUAUUUCAGACGCAUCUGAACUCGGGAAAUUUCCAACAGUGAUUCAAGAUACACUUCUAAAAGCUAUUGAAGAUCCGAAUUUAUUGAAUGCUCGAGCUUUAAUGGAACUUGUACGACAUAUUUUGGAGAGAGUUGUCGAGAACCGGAAGUAUGCUGAACCUGCAGCGAAAAUUUGUAUCACUAUUAUUGAGAAAGAAAGUAAAGAAACUUUCUUGGAAUCCUUAUUAAAUACAUGUCAACAGUGGUAUCAAGAUCGAGUUAAAAUACUUUAUGAUGGAUCCAGUUAUCAUCGUUAUUCCGCUUUCAUGACAUUCUUGAACGAGAUGUAUUGUCAGCUAAAACGAAGGCAGCUUCAAUUAAAGACACAACAGGAGGGUGUUCCUCCCGGACGUGUUCUUCUCACAUUGCUUUGGAAAUGUUGUCAAGAUUGUUUGCAACCUCCAGUUGUAAAUUCUUUAGCUGAAACUGACUGCUUGUUUUUCAUCUUAACAUGUAUCGGCAAAGAUUUGGAUGCUGAAUUACCAGUCCAAUUACAGCAAUUACUUGGAAGUUUAAGAGAUGCUUUUCUCGCGGAAGAUACGAUAUUACCGUCAGUCAGAAAAACCCUUUUACAACUGAUCGAACUUCAUGCUGCACAUUGGCAACUUCCAGCACCAGCAGUUGUUUAUUAUUAUCCUGGAUCAACUUCGAAAUGAUGUUUCUAUCUUUUCAAUUUCUCCGUCCGUUCAUUGAUUUUCUGUAAUGAUACGUUGACAAUUUUUUAACCAUUUUAAAUUAAUUAAGAGCUAUAUUUUAAUACUUCACGCAAUUAUAAAGUGGAGUAUUAAACGUGUAAUAAACGGUUCUAAAAAGUAAUAGGCUAAGCCGUUUAUGAUACGUUUUUGUGAAAUUUUUUUUUUAAUUAAUGCCUCAUAAUGUAGUCAUAAUGUAGUAUUAACGAUUGAUGCGUCAAUCGACAAAAUACGAAUAACCAUGAUCUCGUUGUUACUACAAAAAAUGACUGUGCCUUGUGCAAUUCUGCAAGAAGUGAUUUACGAUGAACUUCGUUGCGAGAAAUGUCAAUCUAUGUUUGAUUUUUUACAAUUGAUUAUUUCAUUCGUAUAAAUAAACUUGGACGUCUAUCCAUUGACAUGAUGAUAGAACUCGUUCGUAUUUUCUAUGAUUUCAAAUUAAAAAUAUUUCAUUAGAAAGUCAAUGAAUUAAAUCAGAAACCAAUUAAAAUUGGUAUAUUAUUUGUCCGAAUUAUCGUGUUAAUUACCGCGAAGUUUGAAUUUUAAAGGACAAAUAAAUUCAUAAAAACCUUGAGAAUUAAAUGUGUAUAUAUGUAAUGAACGAAUGAUUUAACAGAAUAGAUAUUUGAAAAAAGAAAAAUAUGUCAUCAUCAGAGAAUCAAAAAAACAUGGAUAAUCACGAAUUACGAUAGAGAUAUUUUACUUCGAAUUUUCCUCGGCUUUUUCCGUAAA